AUGAAAAUGUCUAUUUUUUUUUACGUGUUAUUAUUUUUUAUAUACAUAACUGGAAUAAAAGAUGUUCGGGUUGAGUGCAGAAAAGAAUACCAUAUAAAAAAAAUACCCAAUGGCUUUACGAAUAAAUUAAUAUAUAAUGAAAUUAGGGGAAAAAAUUUAAACAGUAUAAACAGUGUAAUUUAUAAAAGAAAUAUUCUUUUCCAUAUAAGAAUCCCCAAAAAAACACUUCAAGGGCGCAAUUUGUUUAGUAGUGACAUUCGAAAUAAAAAAAUCAAUGAAUUUCUGCAAAAAAAAAAAAAUUCAUGUUACCUACACAUAAAUAGUGAUGUUAAUGAAGUUAAAAAAAAGAGAGAUGAACUCCUAAAAGAGCUUUUAUCAAACGCUAAACAAUUACAAGAAUAUAUUAAUAAUUUAAAAUCAACAUUACUUCAUAAAUAUAAAGAUACAAAAAUUAUAACAAAAUGUUUUCUAUCAACAUCUUUUCUAGUUAUGGUACUUAAUAUAUUGGGAUUAAGACCCGAAGAUAUUGCAUUACACGAUAAGAGAAUUAUAAGAGCUUUUGAGUUUUAUAGAAUUAUAACAUCUGCUUUGUUUUAUGGUGACAUGUCAUUAUAUGUAUUAACAAAUAUUUAUAUGCUUUAUUUACAAAGCCAAGAGUUAGAAAAAGCAGUAGGCUCAUCAGAAACACUUGCUUUUUAUUUAUCACAAAUUACGAUAUUAUCUACUAUUUGUUCUUUUAUGAAGAAGCCAUUUUAUUCAACAGCAUUAUUAAAAUCGUUAUUAUUUACAAACUGUAUGCUAAAUCCAUAUAAUAAAUCGAACUUAAUAUUUGGUAUAAAUAUAUACAAUAUGUAUUUGCCUUAUUUAUCAAUUGUUAUUGAUAUUUUACACGCUCAAGAUUUUAACGCUUCCUUAUCUGGAAUAUUGGGAGUAAUAAGUGGAGCUAUUUAUUAUCUUUCAAAUGUUUAUUUAUUGGAAAAAUGUAAUACAAAAUUUUUUAAAAUUCCUCAAAUAUUAAGGAAAUACCUUGAUUCAUUCAAUGUUGAUGAUUUUGUUUUUUAA